AUGUCGCGACCAAUUGUGCUACAGCUCGGAGACGAUAUCCGCUGGAACCAUGACCAAUAUGCCGCUUUUACCUCCAAGUUUGAGAUCAAGAGGUCAUACAGCAUGCCGCGGGCAGAGUUCAAGCAAGCAUUAAAAGACAAGAAAUUCGGUGAUUUCUUUGCCAUCUACAGGCCAUUUUGGAAUACGGGUGGUGAAAUGGGCAACUGGGACGACGAGCUCAUCUCUUUAUUACCACCGUCUUGCAAAAUCUACGCAUCUGCGGGCGCAGGUUUCGACUGGGUUGACACGGCCGCCCUGGCAAAGAGGGGCAUCAUUUAUUGCAACGCCGCAGCAGCUUGCACAGAAUCAGUAGCAGAUGCAGCCAUUUGGCUCAUCAUCUCCACCUUUAGAUUGUUCUCAUGGUCUGCAUUGGCCGCCCGCUCAGGCAGCCCGGAGCAGUUUGCAGAUGCCAACAAGAACCUGGCGGCCGUGACGCGCAACCCCAACGGGUUCAGCCUCGGCAUCAUUGGCUACGGCCGCAUCGGCCGGCGCAUCGCCGAAAAGGCCCACGCCGCCAUGAACAUGAAGAUUCUGUACAAUGACGUGGUCGAGAUUCCGUCGUCGGUACCGGCCACCUUUUACAAGGACAUGGACACCUUGCUCGCCGAGGCCGACUGCGUGCUCGUCGCCACCCCCUUUGACGGAGAUACCCUCAUCAACGCCGACAAGCUGGCCAAGAUGAAGAAGGGAUCCCGCAUCGUAAAUAUUGCCCGCGGCAAGCUCAUUGACGAGCCGGCCCUCGUGGCAGCCCUCCAGAGCGGUCACCUCUACUCGGCUGGACUCGACGUGCACUUUGACGAGCCCAACGUCAACAAGGAGCUCAUCAAGAUGAAGAACGUCGAAGUGCUCUCGCACAAUGCCGGAGCGUCGCUAGACUCUCACAUUGGCUUUGAGAGUCUUGGCAUGGAGAAUAUUACUUCCUUUCAUGACAAUGGCAAGGCCGUCUCGCCUGUCAACGCUCAUUUGAUCAAGCAGAGCCGUCUAUAA